AUGAAUUCCUCAAAGCUAGGGACCAUUUGCUUCGUCAAGCAUUUUUUAAAGAGGUAUAGUCGUAAAUCAGUCUCCAUAACUGGCUUUGCACUGGUCCUGGGUACUAGCUUGAGAAGGCACUUGAAACAAGAAUUUAGAUACGGAAAAUCAUUUCAAUUGAAGUCUCGAAGGCUCAGUCACACAAAGGUUCAAGACGGUGCUGCUGGAAAUCUUUUUCCUGAUGUUUCUGGAUGUGGAGAUAAUAUUCAACGUCUCAAUUAUGAACUAGAAUCAUUAUUAUGUAUGAGAAACAUUGACAUGGAACGUGUCUUCAAAAUGAUAUCAACUAAUGCCGAUAGGGAUCUAGAUGGUAAACUACUUCAGGUCUAUUUCUAUAGGCUUAUUCAGGAGGAGAGACUAACUGAAAUGAGCACUCUCCUUCAUCUUUUAUUUAAGGAAAGUUCCCAGUUUGUACUUUGCAAUGAGUUAUGGUCACUAUACCUAUCUAAAGUUUGCGAACUCGGGCAUCAUUUAGGUGCAACGAUAUGUUAUCAUGAACUAGUUGAUAACUAUAAGUCCUACUACGAUGAAAUAACCUCUUCGUAUAUUUAUUCGAAUUCUAGAAUACCUUUUUUGUUAUCGACUGAAGUACUCGAAACUUUGGCUAUAAUAUUUGUUCAAAACAAAGAUCCAAAAAGAAUAGAUGGGCUAUUGGAAUACUUCAAAAGAUUCUUUUCUUAUUCUAGUCAUAGUCAAACCUACAAAGCUCUCAAAAUAGCAUUAGUUGAAGCCUAUAGUUAUGAGGGUAAUACGAUGAAAGCACUUCAUGCAUUCAAGGAGCUAUGCUAUUGCUUUAAAAGACAUAGAAACUUCUCAGAUGGUAGGCUGUCGUUAAAUACCCUAAAGGCAUCUGCAUUCAAUAACUUCAGGGAAAGAAGGGAGUGUAUUAAGAACAAUAUCAUAUCCCAGUCUGCAUCCACUAAUUUCGUUACCGAUACGGACAAAGAGGAAAAGCUGAUAGUAAGCGAGAGUCAAGUUACUUUAUUUGAUCCUAUGUGCCAACGAAACGUGCACUCUUUGAGAAAGAAGCUUCAUGUGCCUGUCAUCGCGGGUCUGAUCGAACUUAACGACUUACCAUACUUCAGAGAAAUCAUUUAUCAAAAUGUUAAACAAUUGAUGGAAACACCGAAUCAAGACCAUAUUUUUGGUCUUCUUAGCAGUAUCAAAUCGUGUCAUUUCAUGCUUCAUUUGUUUGUCACUGAAUGUUUGUGUGAAUUAGGAUAUGUAAAAGAAGCAUUUCUGAUGAUAGUGAAAUUACCAGGAACUUACCCUUAUAUUUUGAAACCAAUUUUGAUACCGGACGAGACUUUCAUAUGCUUGUUGAGAGCAUGUAAGAGGCUAUUAUUAAGUAGUUACGAAACUGAAAACUCAACUGAUCGAAGUAAUGGCUUUAUACUGUUGGCCAACGAGAUAGCCAAUUUUUACUAUUAUAAUCAACAAACUAUAAAGAAACCUCGAUUAUCGGAGGUAGUCUAUGAGUACUUUAUCACGAUUAUUUUGCUUGCGAAGAAAACAACAUACAAUACCAUUAAAUCCCAAUUGGAUCGAUACAUUUCAGGAAGUGCGAACCAUAAACGUCUGAUUAUUUACAUAAGAAGAUCAGAAUAUGAUAUCUUGGAGGAUAUUAUCAUCAACUUUGCGUCUUCAAAAUACUCCAAAUAUGUUAAACCAAAGCGUGAAAAACAGGAAUGA